AUGAUGGCCAAACGUGAUUUUCCUACUGGAGGGUUUUUGGCAGAGCCUGUGCUUUCCCCAACCUCAAGUGGUGCUCAGAACGGAUCUCCAUUCUCAAAGAUGCUUACCUGCGGCUGCGUUAGGAGGAUUCUCAGACAGCCAUCAAGCUUUAUCCUUACCAUUGAGGAUGGGACGGGAUCAAUAGAGGCUAGGAAAUGGUUUGAUGCAUCUUCAUCUUCUGGAUUUCUUUCUUCCAAUAACGAAUAUGCCGCCGACAACGGCGACACCCAAGAAAGCGACCCGUCUGCAUUUCCAGACGAUCCAAAUGUCGCCGUCCUUUCAUCGGUCAAGUAG